AUGUCCACGCCGACCAACCCCUCGAAUGGGCGCACACCGACGGCGCCUCAUGGAGCUCCUCCCAUGAGAAUCCGUCGCCCCAAAGCCGCCGACCCGUUACGUCGUCCAAAGAGAAGACCAGUGAGACCAGCGGGAGCUAUUCCACCAGUUACUUCAGCCAUCAAGACUCUUCCCUCACGCCCCAUGAUCUCCAGCGCCCAGCCGCCAUCGCAGCCAGUGGAGCGGCCCCGAAUCGCCCCUGUGGGAGAUGACCACUCCGUGAAUGGAUUUAGUGGCCCUCUCCUAUCCGACAGAUAUGUCGACUACCCGGUGGUCACGACAAAGCGAGCCUUGCGCGAGGGACUGAAGAACCACAUCGCUCGCUUUGCCGCCAAGCGGGUUGUCGACCCACGCGAUGAGUCCCAGUUUACGCGCCCAGUGAGGCUGCAGCGCAGAGACCCGCGUUCUCGAAACCAGGACCACAAUGCGGAAAGAAUGGUGGGACCAGAUGGACAACAACUUGAUGAAGCAGAGCGAGAGGCGCUUGACGCGAGGAGAGCUGCGCGAGAGAAAGAGCGUGCUGAGAAUCUCGCCCAAAUCGCUCCGUCAGUCGGAUCAACCGCGAAGCGACCAAAUGCCCCGAAGCAGAAAACUCAACAAGUCUUCAAGUCCGAUAUGACCCCGGAUGAGAUUGCGAGAGCUCGGAUCAAAUAUGAAGAGGCGCUACCCUGGCACCUUGAGGACUUCGACAAUCGUAAUAUCUGGGUCGGUAACUACGAAGCUGCUCUAUCAGAAACCCACGCAGUGUUUGUCCUCGACAAUGGCAAGAUGCGCAUGAUGCCUGCGGAAAAGUGGUACAAAUUCAGCGCGAAGAGUCAUUUCAAGACUUUGACAAUUGAGGAGGCAGAGAAGUUCAUGGCGAAGCGAGUGAAAGACCCGCGUUGGUUCAUGGAGAAACAACAAGAGGUGGCGCAGCAAAAGGAGUUGGAACAGUUUGCCAAGUCACGGAAAGUUUACGCCGGAAAGCAAGGCGUUCUGGCUGGACGAGAGGGCUUGGAAGCCAGUGAGAUGGACUUUGAGGAAGACCGGUUUGCAGACGACGAGGAACAUGACGACCUCUUUAAUGAGCAGGAUGAAGACACCAAGGCGGCUGAAAAAAGGAUUAAGGACGAUCAGCUCAAGGCGAACGUCUUUGACCUGAAGGAAGAAAAGGACUACGAGGAAGAAGAACAACGCGAAAAGCGAGAACGCGAGGCUCGCCACAAACUUGGAAAGAAGAUGCGCAAAGCUCUGAAGAAGAGAGAGAGGAACUUUGAUUACAGUAGUGGUUCAGACGCGAACCCAUACAGUGAUGAGGAGAGUUCCGACGACAGUGAAACCGAACGGUUGAAAGAGGAGGAACGGAAAGCCGAAGAGGAAAAGAACCAGAAGGAAUCAGCUGCGUCUUCAACCAAAGGUGCCACUACGCCGUCCGGCCGCCCAAAGCAUACCGACCCCCUUAAGAAGUCCACCGCAUCUCGGAAGCGACUGGGCUCACCCGGUGCCUCAGAUGCAAGUGGCACUGACACUUCACGGAAGAAGGCUAAGAACAAGCAUUCAUCCGCUCACCAAACACCCCAGCCCACCUCAAGGCCAAUUUCGCCAUCUGGAGUGCAAGUAGGUAGAAUCCAAACACUUGUUGGAAUGAGAACCGCGAUUAACCAUGAUUAUCUUCAUCAGGCUGGCAAGAAACGAGUUCGCAAUAUUCCACUAGGCUCCGGGUCUGGCAGUGACGUUGAAGCUGCAGGAUCUGGUGCCGAGAUGAGCGAGAGUGGAAAGUCCAAGAAGUUGAAGCUGAACCCGCCCUCUGGUGGCUCUCGAGGAGGCCAGGGACGUGUAUCGACGCCUGGACCACUUGGAAACAUAUCCUUCCCAACACCCGCAGAGAUUCAUGCCGCCAUCCCAGCCAGUGGCAUUACCACCGUUGAGCUUCUGAGGAUUUUCCGUCCUCGUAUUGGCGAAUCCAAGGAGAUUCACCGCCGUUUCAUUGGAAUCGUUAAAGAUGUCAGUGUCUACGGUAAAGAAGAUCGAUUGCUUCGACCUGGUCCCUGGAAGGGGGCGUAA